CUUCAAAGGUUUGCCUGUGCAUGUCACGUUCACAUUUGGAAAGUUAUCUGAGGAUAGUAAUCUGCAUUUUGAUACCGUUGUUAUAACAUCAAUUGUUUUAAUUUAACCUGUUUCCGUAUAAUGAUUGCUCUUAAUUGCUAUAACAUAAUUUUCAUUAGGAUAAUAUACAAUAGGAAGGAAGUUAUUGAGAUAAGUAUUAUUAUCCUGUGAUCUGUACAAAUGAACAUGUAAAAUGAAUCAAAAUCAGUCUGUAUUUCGUAUAUUUGCGACUGACAUUUAUACCAUAGGUGAACACUAGAUUUUAUGUAAUUUACUAAAAGGAGAAACUUUCACGGAAAGAUUAAAAUACCUGUUGUUGCAGACUUAAAGUAGCAUAGUGCAAAAUGGCGGGAAAUGAUACAAGUAUUGAAAUGACAUUAGACGACUAUAAUAACAUAGAAAUAUCGAAAAGAACAUCGGCAAUCGUUUAUUUAUCUGUUGUAAUGAUUUUGGGAAUUCCUGGAAACUUAUUAGUGAUAAUAGUGUACUUUGGAUCACUCCGGCGAAGAGAUGGCACACACUGGAUGUACAUCCGGGCUUUAGCCGUCACCGAUUUACUGGUGUGCACGGUCACAAUACCAUUUGAAUUGUUUCAACAAACGCACCAGUUAACAUUUUAUUCUGGAUUAGGAUGUCAGAUCUUCCGAGCAGUAAGUGUACAUUUAUCUUUGACAUCGUCUCUACUUUUGAUUGCCAUGUCGGGAAAUCGUCUCCGACUAGUUUGUCAACCAUUGAAAAAACAACUAACUCCGAAUCAAGGUUUGGUAACAAUUUUAAUAUCAGUAGGAAUUGCCUUGUUAUUUUGUUGGCCGGAAGCAGCUUUAAGUGGGAUAAGCAAAGAAACGUUGGAUAACAACUUAACAGGGUAUGAUUGCAGUUUUUCAGACCGAUAUAGCAUGAAAGAUUAUGGAACGAUAUACAGUACUCUCCUGUUAACGGUCUAUCUAUUAUGUAUGGUUGCACUUGUGAUUAUGUAUUCAAUAGUAGGAUUGCGAGUGCUGGAACGAGCAAAGUAUCAAAACUCAAAUCGAGCAAGGUAUGCAAUAUCAACGACGUCAAUGGCUACUGAUUUAACUACGUGUGAACAUCACACCACCAACCUCAUUAAACCUCAGAGUGAAAUAAUGGACGAGAAAGUAAUCGCUAUUAAGACAAUUGAAACACCAGGAACCCCUAAAAAUAAGGAUCAGAAGAAAUCAAACGGACAUUCUAAGGUAGUAUCCAAAAAGAAAAAUUCUAAAAAGGUUACACGGAUGGCAUUUGUUAUUAGUUUCUGCUUUAUUUUGAGCUACUUGCCGUAUGUAGCAGUUAAAUUAAAUGCAUCUGUUGUAAAAGGUCAAUUUACAGAAUCACCGCUUACCAAGGCCAUAUUUCCAAUCCUCGCUAGAACAUUUAUCAUCAAUAAUAUUAUAAAUCCUGUAAUAUACGGAUUUCUUGAUCCGACAUUUUUAAAGCAUUGCAAAAUGACAAUGAAAUAUAUUCUAUGCAUGAAAUCUCAAAACUAUACUUUGUAAAUAUAUUCUUUAUGUUAGUCUAAUAAAAAUUUUGAAAUUA